GGGGCCACUUCCGGGGGAGGGAAAUGGACUUCCUCAAUGACGGGAGAGGAGGAAGGAGGAGGGAACGCCCGAACGAGGCCUGUGAAGCAGAUUCUGUGAGAGCUUUGUCUUAGGGAUGCCUUGGGACUCAAAUGAAGGUUCACUGUACUAGCAAGAACAAGGAACGAGUAGGGGAAACAUAUUUCAAGCGACAUACUUGGAGGAAAGAGAGGAUGUGCUGUUAAAAAAGGGGCUUGGGAAAGAAGGCUAAGGGGACCGAGAUGAGGAAAUCCUGUAUGAGUUCAUAUAUGUGCACCUCUGGCAUAAUAUUUGAAUUAUAAAUAAAAAAGAAUGGAAAAUCUCCAUCCCUCACAACCUCUGAGGAUGCCUGCCAUAGAUGUGGGCGAAACGUCAGGAGAGAAUACUUCUAGAACAUGGCCAUACAGCCCGGAAAACAUACAACAACCCUGUAAUCUCCAUCCCUGUUCUACAUCACAUACAGGGGGAAAGCUUCAUAACUGUAUGGACUGUGGGAAAUGUUCUCUUACUAAAGAUCAACAAACUCAUACAGGAGAGAAGACAUAUACAUGCAUGGAAUGCGGAAAGAGCUUCAGUCAGAAUGGACACCUACGUUCCCAUCAAAGGACCCACACAGGGGAGAAGCCGUAUCAAUGCGAGGAAUGUGGAAAGAGCUUCAGUCGGAGUGACGCUCUGCAAUCCCAUCAAAAGACCCACACAGGGGAGAAGCCGUAUCAAUGCGUGGAAUGUGGAAAGAGCUUCAGUUGGAGUGGACACCUGCGUUUCCAUCAAAGGACACACACAGGGGAGAAGCCACAUCAGUGUAUCGAAUGCGGAAAGAGCUUCAGUCGGAGUGAUGGUCUGCAAUCCCAUCAAAGGACACACACAGGGGAGAAGCCAUAUCAAUGCAUGGAAUGUGGAAAGAGCUUCAGUUGGAGUGGACAGCUGAGUUCCCAUCAAAGGACCCACACAGGGGAGAAGCCAUAUCAAUGCAUGGACUGUGGAAAGAGCUUCAGUCACAGUGGACAUCUGCAUUUCCAUCAAAGGACCCACACAGGGGAGAAGCCACAUCAAUGCAUGGACUGUGGAAAGAGCUUCAGUCGGAGUGGACAGCUGCAUUCCCAUGAAAGAACCCACACAGGGGAGAAGCCGUAUCGAUGCAUGGAAUGUGGAAAGAGCUUCAGUCACAGUGGAGAUCUACGUUCCCAUCAAAGGAUUCACACAGAGGAGAAGCCGUAUCAAUGUAUGCAGUGUGGAAAGAGCUUCAAUCGGAGUGGCAGUCUGUGUGCCCAUCAAAGGACCCACACAGGAGAGAAGCCACAUCGGUGCAUGGAAUGUGGAAGGAGCUUCAGUCAGAGUGGAAAUCUGCGUAUCCAUCAAAGAAGCCACACAGGAGAGAAGUCAUAUCAAUGCAUGGACUGUGGAAAGAGCUUCCGUCACAGUAAUAAUCUGCGUUUCCAUCAAAGGACCCACGCACAGCUAAAGGAAGAGACCUGCCUUUGAGUUUCCUAAUUCUAAAUACCCCUGACAAGGGUCCCAUCCCUCCACAGGCAGGCAAAGAAUGGGAAAAUUGAAGCAAAAAGGAAGACUGCCACCUUGUUCUCUGUUUGUCAUGGACAGCAGUCUGUAUGGCCUGGCUUGAUUGCUGCUGGAUGCUGUUCCCCCACAGAGGAUGACUCUUCUUAGUAAUUUAGCCAUUUUUGAAGGGGCUAACCCAGUGGUUCCCAAACUUAUUUGGCCUGCUGCCCCCUUUCCAGAAAAAAUAUGACUCAGUGCCCCCUGGAAAGGGGGGCGUGGCUUAGAGGAGUGGGCAUGGCUCCUGCUCAAGAGGGCAGGGCUGAGCCUCUCCACUAGUCCAAGAUGCAGGGAUGCGAGGGGAGGUGGGCGGGGCCACAAAUGGGUAGCCAGGACUGGGAUGGGCGGAGUUACGAGCUCUGGGGCAGGGUUGAGCUUCUAUCCCUGUCCUGUGGUGCCUGCCAGGACACAGGAGGUGGGGCUAGAGGAGGGUGGUGGGCCUCUUCCCAAGUGCCUGAUGGGGCUGAACCUCUAUACCCUGCCCCCGUGUUCUAACAAGUGCCUCAGGGGAGGUAUACAGAGGUUCAGCCCUGCCUCGCGCUCUUGGGAAGAGGCCCCUCCCCAAGACCCGCCCUUUAGUCCUAAAAGGCCUCUAAGGAGAGGUAUAGAGGCUCAGCCCUGUCUCGAGCUCUUGGAAGGUGGCCCCGCCCCCUUCCCUAACUCCGCCCUUUGUGUCCCAACAAGCGCCUCAGGAGAGGUAUAGCUUCUCAGCCCUGUCUCGGGCUCUUGGGAAGAAGCCACGCUCACUCCUCUAGCUCUGCCCCUGUGUGUCCUAACAGGCGCCUCAGGUGCUCAGUCCUGUCUCCGGCACUUGUCAAGAGGCCCCGCCCCUCCUCUGGCCCCGCCCCAUGUCCUAAUAGAUGCCAUGACCACCCCCCUGGAUUGCUCCAGCGCCCACCGGGGGGUGGUAGCGCCUACUUUGGGAAUCACUGGGUUAACCUGACCUCUUUCUCCUCAAGGAAAGUAUCACAGAUCUCUGGGAUGAUCUGUGAAGGCUUGCUGAAAUGAGAGGGGCUGAGAUCUUGUGAUAAAAAAGUUUCUGGAAAAGACUAGCUUUUGGGGGGCAGAUAGCAACAUACCUUUGUAUUGUUGUUUUUAAUUUAUUUACUGUAUAUAACUAUAUAAAGUUAUAUAACUGAAUAUAUAACUAUAGUUAUAUCCAGGUGUUAGUAAACAAUGGAAUAACCGACAGAAUAAAAGUAACGAGGGACUAGGUAGGGAUGUCCUAAUAUUAUUUGCAAUCAAAAUAGAAAUAUUAGCAAAUGUAAUUAGGAGUGAUGAUAAAUUAAUAGGGAUAGGACAAGAAUCAGAUAAAAUUAGCUUGUUUGCCAACACCAUUUUGACACUAAAAGGAAUGACAGAUAAAAUAAAAAUAAUAGGAGAGCAUAUAAAAAGUUUGAAGAAAUAACAGGGCUGAAAAUAAACUGGGGAAAAAAUCAGAAAUGAUUUUAUUUAACUAUACAAGAAGAGGAAGAUUUCAAAAAUCAGAAGGAGAGAAAAAUAACUGUAAAUAUAAAAUAUCUGGGAGUAGUAGUAACUAAGGAUUUAAGUGAAAUGGAAAGGGGAAAAAAUUAGAGGUACAGUAUUAAGGAAAGAGACAGAAAAAAGAUUAAUUGAAUAUAACAAUGCACACUUAUCCUGGUUUAGCAGAAUAGCUUUAUUUAAAAUGAAAAUCUUACCCAAAGUAAAUUUUAUAUUUAGAAUGAUACCCCUCAAAAUCUCAGAAAUUGAAUUGAAUAAAUGGCAGCAUAUAACAAACAAAUUUUGCAAUAACGGGAAAAUAGAAUAGAAUAAAGAAAUGCUUCUGGUACAAACUACAAAAAGAAGGAGAAUUAGGACUACUCGAAAUUAAAAGUUAUUAUGAAGCAAACCAAUUGAGACGUAGAAGGGAUGCUAAACAAAGCUGACACAUAUUGGAUGGAAAUAAAUACUAAAGAUAUAGAAAUGAGAUUAGAAAAUGUAUUUUUAACACUCAAAAAAGGAAAUUAACCAAAUGGGAAAUAUACAAUUAAAAGAAAUAUUAAUAAUAUGGAACAAAUAUAAGAACUACCUAAUCAAAGGAAAUUCUAAAAUAAUCCAAGUUAUAAUGGAGGGGGAAUUUCCUAAAAAUCUAAAAAAAAUGUGAUGGAUAAGGAGUUGAAAGGAAGGAAUUAGACAAAAUUGGAAGCUGGAUGGAACAAAUAAAGGAGAACAGUAUUAAGGAAGUCCUAGGUGAAUUAAAUAUAUAAUAGCUCCAUUGGGCUUAACUGGACCAGUGGUUCAAAAAUUGGAAAGGAAAGAGCUCCUGGAAAGAGAACCAACAAAAUUUGAAAACAUAAUAUUAAAACAAGACUAAAGAAGAAAAUGAGUAUCAGAAAGGGAUAACUAGUAUGAUAUACAAAAUAUUAACAGAGAUUAAAGGGGUAGAAAAGGUAUACAAACAAGGGAACUAUGGGAGGAAGAAUUGGGAAUAAAAAUAGGAGAAAGAAAUUGGGAAAAAUUGUGGAGAGCAAGACUCCUCAAGAAUUUAUCAAUUAGAAUAAAAACUCCAAGAUAUUAUGGAAAUGGUGCUUGACUCCGACAAAGAUACACAAAUUAGACAAGAGCUGUUCAGAAAAAUGUUGGAGGGGUUGCCAAAAAGGGGAAUGUAUAUUCACACGUGGUGGCAAAGUAAAUAUGUACAGAGAUUUUGUGGAAAAGUUAUAGUAGAGAAUAUUAUGAAGAAAAAAAAUUAAACCCGGUGACUAUACAGUUAUCAAUUUAUGAUACAGAUGAAUUGAAAGAAAAUGAAAAGAUUUUGAUAAUGAUGAUGCUAACAACUUAUUUAUUUAUUUCGUAUCAAAAGCAUUGCAUCUAAUCUAAUCUAUCUUAAUCUAAUCUAAUCUAAAUCUGCCUAAUCUAAAUCCAUAAUAAAACUGAAAACCCUUAUGUGUGUAUGUGGCAUGCAUGUCCGCUCAUACAGACAGACUCCAGCCUCCACAAAUAGGCUACACUUCCCACUGCUCAAAAGCUAGUAAGUCACCCCUUUGCAAUGACAUUGAGGUUACAGCGAGCACCAUGAACAUGUAGCCCAACCCCUGCCAAUGUCCUCCCCAAACACUACAAACCACCACCCAAGGAAUGCUUUCAUUUGGGGACAAUUUCAUCCUACAUUUUGCUAUUUCUUCCACCACAGGCAGGCAUUCCAGGGUUCUCCAUUGCUAUGGAAUUUGCAUGACCCAGCCUACUGCCCUUGCACCACAGGCAGGCAUCCCAAGGUUCUCCAUUGCUGUGGAAUUUGCAUUACCCCGCCUAUUCCCCCUUCCCUUUCCAAUCUGUCUGCAAAACAAACAACAGAAUUGAGCUGCAAUUAAACUUACUGCAGGACUUUGGGAGACUGAAGUUGUAGUUUACCCUGCAUCAAGUCAGACCAUUGUGACUCCUACUGGGGAAUUUAUAGGAGUUAUAGUUCACCUACACUCAGAACGCUGUAAACCCAAACAAUGAUGGGUCUGGACCACAUUUCCCAUCCAUACCUGAUAUGCCCAGAUUUGAAUAUUGGGGGUUUGGAGGGGAAUUGUCCUGGAGAUUUGAGAGUAGUAGGUACUGGGAUUUAUAGUUCACCUACAAUUGAACCCCACCAAUCAUGUACCAGGACCAAAGUUGACACACAGGGUCCCCAUAACCAAUGCAACAUAUUGGACAAGUUUGGGGGAAAAGGAAUUAUAGUUCAUCUGCAUCCAGAGAAACAGUGACCCCCACCGACAAUGGACCGGGACUAGACUUCGCACACAGAAACCUCAUAACCAACUAAACAUACUGCAGGGGUUUGUAGGAAUGGGCCUUCAUUCUGGGAGUUGUACUUCACAAAGACCACUGAACCCAGCCAAUGAUGGAUCUGGACCAUACUUGGCAUACAGAUCCAAAAUGGCCAACUUUGAAUACUGGCAGGGUUUGGGGAGGAUUGACCCAUGAUUCUGGGAAUUGUAGAUCACCUACUCUAAACAGAAUACAUAACAUUCAAAGACAAAUAAUGCCUUUUUCUAAUAACCCGGGCACUGCCGGGUCCCCAAGCUAGUAAUAAAUACAUUUUAAAGUGAUGAAAUAAAGGAAAUCACAAGCAACUAAAUAGUUUUAGACCAAAAGUGGGCAACAGCGACCGCAUUGUCCGUAGCUUUAAACAACUCUUCCUCCAUACAUGAGGUAGGACAUUGUGGGCAAGCAUACAUAUGCAGAGUUAUUAGUUCUGCUCCACAGUCACACAAGAUGGAGGAUUCCUCCAGGUAGUGCCAUCUUGCCAGGUUGUCUUUUGAUCUGCCCACUCCGCUUCUCAGUCUAUUUAGGGACUUCCAAGUUGCUGAUUCCAGGUUUGCCCCUGGAGGAAGACCCUCAUGGGGGGCCAUCCAGUUAGAAUUGCCUGGUUUAGCUGCGCAGAGGGACACUCUUGCUGUUGCUGGAGGAACAUCAAGAGGAGUGGUGGUUCUCAUGAAGCCCUUCCUUGAUUUGAGUCUGGUGGGAGGAAGCUGAUAGUCAUGCAGUGGGUGGCUUUCACAAUGUUCGACCUUGUUUCUCACAGUUAGCAGCAACUUCCCAUUGCACGUCAGGAAGGGCAAUGCCAGCUAACUUGAAAAGUUAACUUGUAGAGCUAACUUUUAACAUGUUAAUGACUGCAAGGCUAUUAAUAGCAAAAAAUAAAAAGAAGAAAUUAAGAUAGAAGAAUGGUAUAAGGAAAUUUGGAAAUUAGCAAUAAAUGAUAAAUUAACAUAUAAUCUAAAGGUUUAAAAAGGCCUAAGGAAGAAUAAUAAUUUUGAAAGUAUAUUGAAAACAUUUAUUGAAGAAAUAUUAAGGAAAGAAGAUGGGAAUCAACCCCCACCAGAAGAAAUUAGGUUCUAGUGGGAUUAUAAAGAAAAGAAGGACUCUGGAGAUGGGUAGCAUAACAGAAGAAAGAAAAACUAACUAUGUGAAUUGUCGAGAUGGUUUUUUUGUAACGAAACAAAUAGAAAUGUAAUAAAAAUCUAUUAAUAAAAAUUAUUUACUUUUGGUUAGUUAUAAGUUCA